AUGAUCGAAGAAAUAGAACUGCUUUGUCAUACUAUGGCGGUUUCUGCAGGCCCCCACAGUAAAGUGCCCUUAUUCCUCCCAUCUUCAAGUAAAUGCCACUGUGUUCGGUCGAAUGCGCUGGGCCGUUGCUACAUCGAUGUCCUCAAAACAACAGAGGAUCUUAUCUUCAGAAUUUCGCUUCUCCUUCCCGCGGCGCUUGCUGAGCAUAUCAAGCCAAAGGCGAAAGAUUUGAACACACAGGCUGCGGCUCUCUGCGCCGCCGCGGGCGUCUUUGUCACAGCGUGGCAACAGCAACAGGUAGAGGCCGGACUGGAGUUUCCAAACGGCCGCCCGGCCAAUUCCGUUCUGAUUGAACGACUAAAGAACUCGGACAAAUACAUACUGACUGAGAUAGACGAAGACGGCAGAGAGAAUACGUCCGAGUACAACAAGCGGACAAAAGCAUUGAAGCAACAUUUCUCCAGCAAAGCAAUGAAGAAGUGCUUCAGCCUGAUGUAUGCUGGAGGAACGGUUGCCCAGCAGCCGGCUGAAAUGAAUGGCUCACGGUUUGCUGCGCGCUCGCUUUACGGUGGCAUAGCAAACACUGUAGGGGUCAGCGCACUGCAUGCAGAUCUCUUCGUGCAAACAAUUCUCGAAGCUGGCGGCGCUAUCCCCCGCCGGCCCCGCCCACCUCACCCUUUCAUAGGCCUUUUUGCCGCUCUUCGUGUCAGUCAGCGGUUCAAGGAUUGUUUUAGUGCUUCCCGCGAUAUGACACUUCGGUCAUGGUACCUCAUGCACAUAGAAGGCGACAGUAUUCUACGCAGGAUAGGUCGUCACAAAGUUGCGGAAGAGCUUGCAGCUGCUACUUACAAUUUUGGCACGAGCCAAAGCUCUGACGUUUUUGAUACAGCUUUCAAGACGCUAAUGGCGACUGUCACCACCCAGUGGGAAGAUGUCGGCGCAUUCAAAAGCUUAGUGAGCUAUUUCCCCGGUGGUGAAGCCGUUAAGCUUGCCGAGGUUGCGCCUGAAGACUUCGAAACUCCUGCCGAUUCCGCCACAGACACCGGACUUGAAUUCUCUCCUAACCUCCUCAACUAA